AUGGAUGCCACACCCUGCAUCCUCCUCCUCGUGCCAGCCGGCGCCCUGGGCGGCAUCGACCUGCUCUCCUUCACCACGACGCCCCGCUUCAAGGGCAUCAAGGACCUCCCCGGCGGCUGGCACUUUGUCUUCACCAGCAGCACCACCUCGCUCUCGGUCCGCCACGGCGCCUGGUUCCGCGUCAACGACGUCGAAGAGACGAGCAGUACUACGCAAUCCAUCACCUCCACCUCCGGUUCCAGCUGCCGUUCGCCCGACCUGUUCGUCAAGAAGUGGGACGCCCGGGACGAAGAGCUCGUCCCGGAGUCGGACCCGGCCGAGGUGCUGCGCUGGCGCGCGAACCUGGGCGCCAUCUGGCGCGACGGCCUGACGCCGUACCGGCAGAGCGCGAGCAGGGACGCCGGCGACGAGGGCGACAAGGAGCUGGAUUGGCGGGCGCUGACGGAUGCGAUCGGGGAGGGGUUGUUGGACAGGGUGCUCGGGGGCGGUGGGGGGGCUGGAGGUCAGCAGCACUGGGGCUUGACGAGCGCGAGCAGCGCGGCGAGGGAUGCGGAUGACAUACCGGGGUUGUCGAACGAUCGGGAUGGUGGUGGCGGCAGUAGCGGUGGCGGCGGCGACGGCGGCGGUGGGGCGGCCUGGCAGCCGGAGAAGGAGUUGGAGCUGUUGCCGGUCGAUUUGAAGAUGACGUGGGGUGAGGGUGUCACGGGGAGGGAGCGCACUGAGGCGGCGCAGGAUCGGUCGUGGGCGCUGGGGGAGCUUGUGGAGCGGGUUUGCGGGGGGAGGGAGGAAGAGGUGCUGGGGGAGCUGCAGUUCGCGUUCCUGAUGGUGCUGACCCUGAACAACAACAGCUGCUUGGAGCAGUGGAAGAGACUGCUGGAGCUGCUGCUGACGUGUAAGAAGGCGGUCGUGCAGAGGGCGGGUUUUUACUGCAGGUUUUUGCGGCUCUUGAGAUUGCAGCUGCAGCAUUGCCAGGACACGGAGACCAUGCUUUUCGAUUUAAACGAUGAGGGUGGGUCGUUACUGAAGCGGCUUCUGAGGAGGUUCAGGAAGGGGUUGGAGGAGCUAGAGGGCAAGGGCAAGUCGGAUGUCGUGGAUGAGCUGGACGAGUUGGAGGAUUUCCUGAGGGGUGAAUACGGCUGGCAGUUGGAUGAUUCGUUCGUCAGGAGGGGCAUGCUAGAGCUUGAGGACGGCGAGCAGGUCGAGAUGGAUGUUGGGACGCGGUUCGAUGAGGACGACGAGGCUGGAGAGUUCGCACCGAUGGUUGUGGAGUUGACAGAAGAACAAGCCAAGAGUCUGGGCGCCUUUGGCGGGGAAGACGGCAGUGGAGGUGCGCAAGCAGCAGAGCAACACGGCAAGAGGCUGGCAAAGCCUGAGUCUGGGAUUGCUGGAGAGGAGGUGCAGGAGGAAUCAGAAGAUGAGGUGGAUCUGGACGAUAUGGAUGCGAGAUAUUGA